CUGUGUUUCCACUUUAUAUGUUGUGGUAGUUUGGUCCUAGCUUUAUGUUGGCUUGAGGAAACCCUUGCCGGUCUUUGUGUGUUGUUUUUAGGCCAUUGAAUGACAUACUGUAGCAUAAUAAUAAUAUUCAUAGGAUAAUAUUGUGUGGAUGUGGGUUGUUAAGGGAUUAAUGUCAACAAGCCUUUGUAGAUUAAUGAAUGUAACUAAAAGGAGUUAUGUUCAGCCAUGGCUAAUUAAAUUGGAACUAUGCGCUUUAAAAGUUAAAGUCAAUUUCUUUUGAGGUUGAAUAUUAUCCCUGCACUCUAGAAUGACUCGGUAGGGACCAUCGUCGGGUAAACAGUUACAGAUCCUGUCCUGUUCUGUAAUCAAUUGUAUACACUGUAUGACACUAUGACAAUCACUAUGUGUAUUAAUGACAUCCUGAAUAUGUUGUGCCCAACACGACAGCUAGUAUGUGUAUGUGUGAGUCACCACUAGUAACACUCACUAUAAUCUAUUGUAAGCAGCUGUAAAAUAGUACACAGGGCAUUGUGUGAUUGAGUGAAAGCAGUACAUGUCGAUCCCAUAUCCGUAUAGCAAAAUAAAGUCUUUCUACCGGUAAUCUAUGUAUGGAUGGAAUUUUACUGUAUGAAUCAAAGCUUUCACUGUGCGACUGAGCGAAAACUAGGUAUGAUCUUUGGGGUGACCAUUCCGUGCUGUCUUUCCAUCUUUUCUGUCAUCAUCUUCCUGAGGCUUGGCUUUGUCUUGGGACAGGCUGGCUUCUGGGAGACCAUGGCGAUGCUGGUCCUAGGCUACCUGGUGGUCAUGCUCACCGUGCUCUCCAUCUCUGCCAUAGCAACCAGUGCCACCGUUGAGGGUGGAGGAGUUUACUUCAUGAUAAGCAGAGCCCUUGGUCCGGAGUUUGGUGGUUCUGUUGGUAUCAUCUUCUUUGUUGCCAACAUAUUUGCUUCAGCUGCCUACAUCAUCGUCUAACGUACUAUACUAUUGACUACAGUAAUCAAGGCUCUGGAGU